CCCGUGCCCAUCGUCGCCAUUUUGAAGCGGUGCCUCUGAAGAGAGAAGGGAAGGAGGGGAGGCGGAGGCGGGCGCGGGUGCCGGAGGGACACUCCUCCCGGGAAGAUAUUAUGGAAGCCAGCAACAAUAUUACAGCACUCAUCUCAAAUAUCGGGGAGCAAGAAGCGGUCCUCAUCUCUGAAGCAGCCUUAAGCCCAAGCUCAGAAAGUGGCGAGGAGCAGAAGUGUAACCCUGACCCGCUCAUCCAAGUCAUUCAGAAGCUAAGCAAGAUUGUUGAGAGCGACAAAUCUCAGAAAUGCCUUUUGAUAGGGAAAAAGCGCUUGCAUCCCGACACGUCGCUGCUGUCACUUGAGCCACAGAACCUCCUCGAGAUUCCACCCAAAACCCUUGAACUGCCCGCUUUAGGCACCAUUAAUAUCGAGGAUUAUUAUGUAACAGACAGUCCUCCAGUGAGCAAAAGGAAGGUGAUUUGUUACCAGUGCAGCCUCUGUAAAUCUUUGUCUCCCACGCUUCCCUUAUUAAAAGAACACAUCAAACAACACGGCCAGCAGAACGAGGUGAUACUUAUGUGUUCCGUGUGCAGUUUUGCAACCAGAAGUCUUGAAGAGUUUGAGGCUCAUGUCCGGCAUCACCCGGAGACUGGUGACAAAACUCACACGCCAUCAAAGGAGCAGCAGUGUUUAGGUCUGCCAAGCACUACUUUGCAGGGACCGGUCGAAAGCGUUGUCAAAGUUGGCACUGAUCUGGUGGCGCAGCUUCAGCCUCACGUCGCUGCGAAAGAGCGGCGAAAAUGGUAUACGUACGAACAGUAUGGCAUGUACCGCUGCCUGAUUUGCAGUUACACUUGUGGCCAGCAAAGAAUGUUGAAAACCCACGCCUGGAAACAUGCAGGUGAAGUGGAUUGCUCUUAUCCCAUCUUUGAGGAAGAAAACGAGCAAGCACCGUUGUCAGAUUCUGUUGCUUUAAGCGUCCCUCACAGCUUGGACACGGUUGUCCUUGCAUUGGAAAAUAAUGACCUGGGUCUCUGCGACGACCGGGCUGUUCAGCUCCACAUUUGCAGUCCUGAGCAAAUGACUUACAAACCCUUGCCAACUGAAGAACCUGUGAAAGAAGAGGCCGCCAUAAGUCAGUCAAGUGGAAAGCUGUUGGAGGAGGCAGAUUUCGAGCAAGAUAGUGUGGCAAGUGACAGUUUACUUUCCUCAGCCCAGAAAAUCAUUAGCUGCAGCCCCAAUAAAAAGGGCCACGUUAAUGUCAUCGUGGAACGUUUGCCAAGCGCCGAGGAACCUGUCCUGCAGAAGCCUUACUCGAUGGAGGCGGAAAUGGAGGCUGAGAAAAAGGUCAUUUCUGAGCAGGCCACCCUCGCUCGGGACGGACCCGGGGACAUUUAUCACAUGGAUAAAAACUCUGUUGAGCUUGAAGAGGUUAUUAUUGGGUGGAGCAGCACCGAAAAGAGAGAGGGGGACGUAAAUCCUGCCAGAGCCAAAGAAGCGGAUGAGAACGCCCCUCCCGCGAGGAGAAGAACCAAUUCGGAGUCCUUGAGGCUGCAUUCGCUUGCCGCCGAAGCCCUUGUGACGAUGCCAAUCCGAGCGGCAGAGCUCGCUCGAUCCGGCCUCCGGGCUGUCGCCGAAGUCAAUGCCUUUGGUUCAGAGGUUGGGCAAAAGCAAACCGAAGCUCAUUCUAAACUGGCAGCGUCCCUUGAAACUGACGAACUGACCAGCCUAAACCAAACGGAGUGUGCUCUCGUGGAAAUUCAGAAGGACAAGCCGGAGUUGACCGAAGGCCCCAUGAAAAUGGGCAUCAGCAUGUCACUGCUCACCGUCAUCGAAAAACUGAAAGAAAGGACUGACCAGAACGCCUCUGACGACGACAUUCUGAAGGAGUUGCAAGACAACGUCCAGUGCCAACCGGCCAACAAUGCCAGUGUCCUCGGGAGCAGCCUGGUGGAAUAUCUCCCCAACGACGACCGUCCCUUUCGGUGCCGCUUGUGUCACUACAGCAGUGGCAACAAGGGGUACAUCAAGCAGCACCUGCGCGUUCACCGCCAGAGGCAGCCCUAUCAGUGCCCCAUCUGCGAGCACAUUGCGGACAACAGCAAGGAUUUGGAGAGCCAUAUGAUCAACCACUGCAAAACCCGGAUGUACCAGUGCAAACAGUGUGAGGAGUCCUUUCAUUACAAGAGUCAGCUGCGAAACCAUGAAAGAGAGCAACACAGCCUGCAAGAGAUUUACUCAGCGGCCUCAACUGACAGCCUGAUAACUUGCAGUGAAGUGGAUGAAAGAGUUGGAGAUAGGGUUUCCGUCCAGAAACUGUAUCGGUGUGAUAUCUGUGAUUAUACGAGCACAACGUAUGUCGGUGUACGGAAUCAUAGGCGGAUUCACAACUCUGAUAAGCCAUACAGAUGUCGCGUGUGUGACUUUGCAACGACUAAUAUGAAUAGCCUGAAAUGCCAUAUGAGGCGCCAUCCGCAGGAGCACCAGGCCGUUCAGCUGAUGGAGCAAUUCAAGUGUUCUUUGUGCGGAUAUGUGUGUAGUCAUCCUCCUUCAUUGAAAUCCCACAUGUGGAAACACGCAAGUGACCAAAAUUACAACUACGAACAAGUGAACAAAGCUAUUAAUGAUGCGAUUUCACAAAGCGGCAGGUUUCCAGCUCAGCUUCCUGGGAAGAUGAUCAUUGAAAGCUCUGACGAGAGCGCAGUUCCCCCGACAGGGAACUCGGAGGGCUUGACGUUGCCGGACUCCUCCGAAGAGAUUGCCGUCAAAACCAUGAAUUCCGACGAAAACCAAAACCCCGCUGCUCCUUCUACAACCAAUACCUCGUCCAGCUCAGAAAAAAACACUAACUUGGGCGCAGAAUACUGCGUCCUCCUCUUCUGCUGCUGCAUCUGUGGAUUUGAAUCCACCAACAAAGAACAUUUGUUGGAUCACAUGAAGGAGCACGAAGGCGAAAUCAUCAACAUCAUCCUGAACAAGGACCACGCUGCGGCUCAGAGCAUCAGCUAAGAGGAGGAAACACCCUGUCAAUCCUUUCCUGAAGACCUCGCUAAAGAGAAGACCCGUAACAAAGGCAUCCAUGUGCCCAACUUCGCAAGUCUUUGUGUCCACGGGAAAGCCGAUUAUUUCAUAAGCUCUUAACGCAACCGAAUAGUAAAUAUUGAUGGCAAUGGGCCACUGAGACUGUUAUCCCUGCUGACAGAGACCUUUUCAAUGCCUAUUGCUAAUCCAAAGCAUAGUAUUAUCAUAGGAAAUCCACACUAAGGUGUUAACUCAAAGGGGUUUAAACUCCAUGCCUUGAAACUUAUCUUAAGGGUGUCGAAUUCAUUUCAGAGAUAUAUAUAUACAUUAAUCUCAAUGUGAACAACUAUAGGUUCAUGAAGCAGAGAGUGAAAGAGAAGACCAAGCCAUGCUUUGAGCCCAAUUGCUUCUUCUGCAGAAGAGAACGAUCCCUCUCUGAUACAAACAGCAUGAAACAAGUUGGCGUCUCACAAAUUACUUCGCUGGCAAGUUUUGGAAAGUUGGAGUGUGAACCAUUUGGGAAGUCGGAGCACGCUGGGGACAUGACGCACGCCUUCCCAUUCUGUUUAGGAGGACACGCAUGGGCGCAUACUGCUAACGAUGGGGUGUUUUUGUCUUAUUUAAUUUCAGUAGGAUUACUUUUGAUGCUCUGAGUUAUAAUUUCUUCCGUUGCUCUUAGCUCUUGCAAGUUGCAUUAUGGAUAAAGUUUCCGUUCCUCCUCUUGUCUGUAUUCGAGGUUAGCUUUCGUUGAGAUUGACUGAAACAGACGUGAUAUAGAUUGCAACCUUAUAGUGCAAUGUUCAAAAUUGGAGUGUAUGCUGCACUUGUUAGAGAUCCAUUUGAAGUUUAGGACGAGCAGAACGAUGCUUGCUUGCCUUUGCCUUAUCCUGCUUUCAGAUCCACUGGUUUUCUGCUAAUUGCAAGCCCUGAUUGCCAAGGAAUAUAACAAAUAAUCCAGUCAAAACAAUGUGCUUUUUCUAGGAAACGAUCCCUUGCAAACUGGACCUUUAUAGACUGAGUCCAAGCAAAGAUUGCAUCCAAAUCUAUUGAUACCUUCUUUAAGUUACCAGUACUUUCCUCCAGGAAGUUCAACCAAGCCUUGACUCAACCAGUUUGUUGAUUAUGAAAGGCCUACUUGGAAAUGCGCUGUUAAAAUCAAUGGGAUUUAGUAUUAUUUCGACAGCUUUGCCAACGGAACCUGUUUCUUCUCGCAACGGCGCGCGUCGUUCCCAACCCGAAAGGCAUUUGUGGGAUUCAGCCAGUGAACUGCAACGUAAAGCACUUAUUUAAUCCUUCAGAAUGUACAGUCGGUGCUUAAGGUAAACAUUAAGCUAUAUUUAAUAGACUUUUGCAUUUGAUAUCCAAGGGCAUGGGUACAUAUAUUUUUUUAAGAAAAGGAAUUGUAAUACCGCGGCGCUGCUUUUUGUAAUAGCCAAAGUAUAAAACUUUUAGAAAACUGACAUGUAAAAUAAUAAUAAUAUUGCAGAUAUCACCUCUUGUUGCAUCUUCUCCAUGGGACGGCUUCUUUUAUAUAUAAAGACCCUUUUUCCACACAUUAAGCUGCAUGCCUUACGCUCUCACCAGGAUUGUCGUGUUUGGAAAACUACAGAAGCAACCUUUGUAGGUCGACUUUGACUACCUUCUGAAAUACUGUACAUGGUUGGAAUAAUUUAUUUUACUUUACAGAAGUUUUUGUCACGUAUUGACUAAUUGUAUUUUGGUAAUAAACGCCUUUGUUGAACACAUCAAAA